UACUAAAAUAUGCUAAUUAUACAAAGUCCUUUCUUUUCCAUUGACUAAUCUAUACUAUAUUUUGACGRAUAUUUUCCAGGUGGAGAGGUCGUUCCAGAAUAUAUCCGUAGAAGUGAAGACCUUUGUGARAUGGGCCCAGACCACCCCUUACAUGCCCUGGUCAGUAGCUGCCUUAAUAAUCUGCCACAGGAUCGUCCUUCUGCACAAGAAUUAAUCGAUUGCUUGGCCUCGUUCAARGGUGAUGAUAAUGAAAACGAGAUGAUGAGCUUGAAAUCAAAAUCGUUUUCAGGUUCAAAGGCGUCACUGAAGUAUAGUGAGAGCCCUCCGGCGUAUUCGUCUGUCAUGAAAGUCACCAAAGACAGAUACGACUAUAAUUUCAAGGUCGCUGUCGUUGGGGAUUCUGCAGUUGGCAAAACCAGUAUCAUCCAGCGCUUUCUUCAUCCCGAAAGGCAAUUUUUACCGUAUGAUGAAGCAAAGACCACGAUACAGCCMGCAGAUUUUUUUCAUCGCGUUCAGUAUCUUGGGAAAUCUAUUCACUUGCACAUUGUCGAUACGCCCGGUGAAAAGAGAGCAGUGUUCCACCAAGCCUCUAAUGUCGUUCCUUUGAUCUACCGUGGACUAAAUGGAGCUGUAAUUGUCUUCGAUGUUGGASAUAGGUGGUCAUAUAAGAAUGUUACCGAUUGGAUUAACGCUAUACAAAAGCGUAGUAGUCCAGAAACACCMAUGGUWCUUGUAGGAAACAAAACAGAUUUGGACCCUAAUUCUUGGAUGAUUUCCUCACACGACGUCGAGGCUUUUGCUUCAGAGCGAGGCUUGUUUUAUAUUGAAACAAGUGCAGUAGGAUUGAUUAACAUCGAUGAAAUAUUUUGCAUUCUUAUCGAGCGAAUGAUCCAAGAAAGACAGAGAAACAACGAGACCCGAGCAACAUCGCCAGACUGGGUAUUGUACCAAUCGCCAACAAAGCAAUCUCUACUUAAGGGAGAUAUACCACCUYCUUAUCAAAGCGCCCUUACUGAUCGAGCCUCUGUAAGCMAKCUUCGUUCUUCGAAUAUUCAGCUUGCAAAUAGCACAAAUUCAGUAAACGAUGGUACAAAUAAUACAGGAAAAAAAAAGUGUUGUAGAUAGUUCUAGACCAUAAAUUCAACCCAUCAGAGUUACUGCAAAAGGAUUUCAUAUAAAAUAGUAGAAGGACAUUACAAUAUACACAUACUAAAAAACUAUUUUCUCUUAAUAAGAUAUAUAUAUAUAUAUGAGCGAUGUUAUUGUAAAAGGUACUUAAGCUGUUAAGGUCCCUUUUGCUCUCGAGUCUCUACGCUAGGCACCACUGGUSGCGGGCGUGUUCUUUAGGGCCUUUUUGCUUUGACAACACUCAUAUGUAUCACUGAAUUCAUGCUAUAAAUUAAUGUUUGAAUUUGAUAUUAGCCGCUCCAGACGCCCAGGUCAUUGUGCAGUGCAUACCUCAAAACGCUUCAAAGUGUACUAUAUCUGUGGUUAAUCAUCUUUUAUAUCAUGUUAUUUUUACAACAGUUUUUUAAUUUGAUUACUUCUUUUGCGUUGGGUGAAUAUUGCAAUCAAUAACCACUACCCAUAAUGAAUUGCGGUCGCUUUUAGCGUAUAUCGAAAAUGACAUGAUUCUAAUCAAUGUAUUUUGCAUCAUAUUAUUGACUCCGCUGUUAAUUCCCAAUAAAUUUUAUUAUUUUCCCAAAUCCCGCUAUACAUA